AUUCCAUUUCUCAUUCUUUCUACUGUUCGUCGUUGGCCUUCAAAGGACCACACCCUCUCCUUGUGGUUCUCAAUUAUCUUCUCCAAUUUUCUUGGCCUUCACACUCUCUUCUUUCAUUUUCUUACUCUCUCUUUCACUCCAUCAACCUAAUUUAUUAGCUGCUGCUUCUUCUCCUUCCGCACAAAUUCCCUCUCUUUUUGUUUCCAUAGAACUGAGAUAUUUCAAGUGUGAUGAAGACCAGGCAUACAUGAUUCUUUUCUUGAUAUUCUGAUGGCACUUACUGCAAACAAAAUUUCAAGUGGUCCUAUUGUGACUCAUAAAACAACUCUUUGUAGAUCACACGAAAAACAUUCUUCUUCCAUGUCCACAAAGAUCAACAGAAUACAGCCUCCAGGGAAUGGAUUAGAACAUGGAUAUAUGAACCAAAGAUGUUUCCUCACAGGGAGAUCAACCUUACUCAAUGACCCGGUUUUGAUCGUCAAUGGAAAAUCAGAUAGGUCAAUCUCAAAAAAAUAUUCUAUCUUAUGUAAAUCACCUGGAGCAAACAAUACGGAAGAGAAGGAUCGUGUUACAACUUACGCUGACAUUUCUGAUUUAACUAGCAGACAUACCAAAGAUGAGAAAAUUGAUCGCAUUCAUUCUGUUCGUGGCUUGGCUGAAGCUUGUAAGUUCGUUCAUAAUGAUGCAAAGUACGUCAAUGAAAGGGCUCGCAAUGACAUUGUCUUGCUCUCACGGUACUUCCUAGGCAUAAUGAGGUUGGAUGCUCGAGCGCGCCAAGAUAUUGCUUUUCUAGGGACAGAAUUUCUCAAGCUUGAUGCUCGGGCAAGAGAGGACACUGAGAAAAUCGAUCGUGAUGUCAAGGAGAAAGCUAAACGGCUUAAUAGCAUUGCUGCUAUAAUAAAGGAUAAAGCUCGGUCCAGAUUGAAAAGUGCUGCUGAUGAGCAUUGGAGUGAUGGGGCCUUAGAGGCUGAUUUACGUCUUGCUGAUUUCCGUGCUAAGCAGCGUGCUAUGGAAGAUGCCCUUAUGGCCUUGGAGUUCAUAGUAAACAUCCAUGACAUGAUGGUGAGCAAGAUGUAUAAAUUUCCUCUACGUAGAGAUAAAAGAUCUCUUUCAGCUAAUAAUAGAAGAGGUCGUAUAAGGCUUGAAAAGAAUGGAAAAUCUGUAAAUUUCCUCCCCGGGGAUGUGACCACAGAACGGAUCGCUGCUCUUCAGGAAGCUUACUGGAUUAUGGCAUCAGCACUAUCCGAAGCAGAUGGAAUUGAUUACACUGACCCUGAAGAGCUUGAGUUGUUGGUUACCACUCUUAUAGACCUUGAUGCAAUGGAUGGUAAACAAAGUGUAUCAUUGUUGGCGGAGUGUUCCAGUUCUCCUGAUGACAGUACUCGACGAGCUUUAGCCAAUGCACUAGCAGCAGCACCAUCCAUGUGGACUCUUGGAAAUGCUGGGAUGGGGGCACUGCAGAGACUGGCAGAAGACAGCAACCCAGCCAUUGCUGCUGCGGCAUCGAAAGCUAUUUAUGAACUGAAAAAACAAUGGGAAAUAGAAGAAGGGGAUAGCUGGAGGUUUAUGAUGGAUGAAAGCAUCAUGGAAGAGAAAGAGGGCACAAAAUCAGAUAGUGAGGAAGAUACCAGAUGAAAAAAUAUAUAUGGAAACAAACAUUGCAUUGUACAGCAUAGAUGCAUCCCACGGAUUGGAUUCUAACUAGUAUAUUAACCCCAACAUGAUCACUAGCAAGUGACCAUUGUGCUCCUCUAAAAGGGUGUGUUUGUGAGUCCGAGGUUAAAAUAAAAAAGGAGAGCAGAGAAAGGUUUGUAGAAUGAUAUUAUUUUUCAAACUUUUCGAUUCCCUCCUUUUUUUUUUUUCUCCUCAACCAGGAACACACCCUAGGAUACCAUUAGAUUGGUGAUACGCGUAAUAAAAUGCAAAGCUUUCAUCACAAUUGCUUAGAUUUCAAUUUAUAAAUAUGCUUGUUUUCAUGUAAGUGUUCUAUAUGUACAAUGUACUAGAUUAAUUUCUUCCCACGGUGUUGGUUGAUAUAAACGUUAUUAUGGAAAAUGGGACAACCUGUUUCAACUUU